CCGCGGGGCCGCGCCACGUCCCUCGCCCGCCCCGGAGCGGGUUUUGCAGGCGGCUCCAGGCUGGGGGCUUUUGUGUCUGCGACUCGGGAGCGGCGAGAGCGCAGACCUCCUCCUCAGAGGGCGCUGUGAGUGCGCCGCCAGGGCCGCGCCGCCCGCCUCCUGCCUCCCCUGUCAGCGGCGGCGAAGAAGAAGGAGUGGGAGGUGGCAUCGGCGGUGGCGGCGGCUUCGUCCUCGCACAUGCCGGCCCUGGGCUGGGGGCCGCCCCCAGGCCGCGCUCCCGGCCGCUGCCACUGAGCCGGGGGAGUCCCCGCACGCUGCCCCGCCGCCCCGAGGCCUCGUCCUCCUCCCAAACUUUGCAAAGUCGGCCCGCGUCCCCGCCGCCCUCGGCUGCGCCUGGGCGCCGAGGCUCGCCUCACAGCCGCAGCGGCCCCGCGAGGAGGAGGAGCCGCCUUCGCCGCAUCAAAGAGACCGAAUUCCCGCGGCCUGGGGGGGAGUCAUGCUUGGCGGUCUGUAAUGUCAGCAGAACAGGAGAAGGAUCCUAUUUCGCUGAAGAGAGUUCGAGGUGGUGAUAGUGGACUGGAUGGGUUAGGAGGACCAGGUGUGCAACUAGGAAGCCCAGAUAAGAAAAAACGAAAGGCGAAUACACAGGGACCUUCUUUUCCUCCAUUAUCUGAGUAUGCUCCACCACCGAAUCCAAACUCUGACCAUCUAGUGGCUGCUAAUCCAUUUGAUGACAACUAUAAUACUAUUUCCUAUAAACCACUACCUUCAUCAAAUCCAUAUCUUGGCCCUGGUUAUCCUGGCUUUGGAGGCUAUAGCACAUUCAGAAUGCCACCUCACGUUCCCCCAAGAAUGUCUUCCCCAUAUUGUGGACCUUAUUCGCUCAGGAAUCAGCCACACCCAUUUCCUCAGAAUCCUUUGGGCAUGGGUUUUAAUCGACCUCACGCUUUUAACUUUGGGCCACAUGAUAAUUCAAGUUUUGGAAAUCCAUCUUAUAAUAAUGUACUAAAUCAGAACAUUAACAUGCCUAAUCAACAUUUUAGACAAAAUCCUGCUGAAAACUUUAAUCAGAUUCCUCCACAGAAUACUAGCCAAGUAUCUAACCCUGAUUUGGCAUCUAAUUUUGUCCCUGGAAAUAAUUCAAGUUUUACUUCUCCAUUAGAAUCUAAUCAUUCUUUUAUUCCACCUCCAAACACUUUUGGUCAAGCAAAAGCACCACCUCCGAAACAAGACUUUAGUCAAGGAGCAACUAAAAACACUAAUCAAAAUUCAUCUGCUCAUCCACCUCACUUAAAUAUGGAGGAUACAGUGAAUCAGAGCAAUAUUGAAUUAAAAAAUGUUAAUCGAAACAAUGCAGUAAAUCAAGAGAACAGUCGUUCAAGUAGCACUGAAGCUACAAACAACAGCCAUGCAAAUGGGACACAGAACAAGCCACGACAACCUAGAGGUGCAACAGAUGCCUGCACCACUGAAAAAAGCAAUAAAUCAUCUCUCCACCCAAGCCGUCAUGGCCAUUCGUCUUCUGACCCAGUGUAUCCUUGUGGAAUUUGUACAAAUGAAGUGAAUGAUGAUCAGGAUGCCAUCUUAUGUGAGGCCUCUUGUCAGAAAUGGUUUCACCGGAUCUGUACUGGAAUGACUGAAACAGCUUAUGGCCUACUAACAGCAGAAGCAUCAGCAGUAUGGGGCUGUGAUACCUGUAUGGCUGAUAAAGAUGUCCAACUAAUGCGCACUAGAGAAACUUUUGGUCCACCUGCAGUGGGCAGUGAUGCUUAAUCACAAGCAUUAACUAAAGUGGGGUUUUCCCCUCUGUAUUACAGAGGUUUGGUGACACAGGAUUUUAAUGUUUUAUGUUAUUUUUUUAAAUACACACAGAAAACAUUUACCUUUUAGUUUUUAUUAAUAUUUCACUUCAUUACUAGUGCAACUUUGUAUUGUCUUUGUUUGCUCUCUUAAAUGAGGAUAAUGUAUGUGGGGUACUUUAGAAACAAAUAAAUGUUAGUAGUUAUUUAUCAUAAACAUAAAAGCCUCUUGAAGCUUCAAAAUAAUAUAACAAAUCUAGGCAAGUUUUAACUUUUAAAAUGUGUAUUUCAGUGGUGAAUUUUGGCUGUAUCACAUUAAACAUUUAAUUAAAAAGUUUCUGAAGGAUCCAUUUAAAUAUUUCCAAACAUAAUAUGUGGAGGUAUAACAUGGGGGAAAGCACACAUUUUAAUGGAUUUAUUUUAAAUAAGAAGAGUAUGACACCAGAUUCCUCCUCUACUAGGGUCUUUGAAAUAAGUGAAUUUCAUACUUUAAAAUUAGUCUUUCCAGGAUAUGUAUACAGAUAUGAGACAGAGACAGAUUUUAGCAUAUAGAUUCUCAGCAUUUGUUUAUUAACUUGUGGAUUGUAUCACAUGAAAUUGCUAAUAUUAGAUCAGUUGAAAAUUGACUGCAUUUAGUAAAGUUGUCAUAAAGUAUGUUUCCAGUAUUACUAUUUAGAAUUAUGAUAGUAUUUUGGUUUUAAUUUUCUUUGGUUAUUGAGUUGUUUUGUUAUUGUUGUCCAGAGAAAUAAAUAAUAUGGUGUCCUCCGAAGAAUUGUGAACACUUUCUUUUUUAUGAUUUUAAACUUGGACAUAUUGCAAAUGAAGAAGGUAGAAACACCGGUUUGGCUUUAGAGGACUCUGCUGGCAAAAGAACUAACUACUUAGUUUGAAAAUUCUUGUUCUGGGGAUCUGAAUUUCCAAUAUGUACCUCAGGGAAGAUCAAAAUCCAUGUAAAUAAAGACCAAUUAAGAGCUUAGAUGAAAGCUAACUUACAAACAAUCAGUAAUUUGAGGCCUUGCUGAAGGCUAAGGAGUUUUUGCUGUGACUGGGUGAUAUGUAAAAAUGGAACCGAGAUUACACUCUAGAGAGAGAAAGAACAGUUACAGUUGAAGGUAUGCUCACUCAGACUCAAAUAGAAAACAAAACAAAACAAAACAUGUUGAGAGCAGAUCAUAACUGGUGACCAAAUAAAUAAAAAGAUACAGUAUGACAAUUGAUAGUAAUUUAUACAAUGAUUGAAUGUUGAUGAAACUCUAAUAAUUCACCACCUUUAUCAUUGCAACCAAAAAAGUUUGGAAGACAAUGGUGAUCCUUGAAGGAGAUAAUUACUACAAUUUGAACCUGGGGAAGCAAUGACAGCAGCAGCAUGUUGCCAAGAAAUCUGAAUUAUGUAUGAAAAUUUCGAUUUAACAACAUCCUUUGGUUAACAAACCCUCAUUUCUACAUGACAGGACUUUACAUGUCGCAAGUCACUAAAGCAAAGUUAAUUGACUUGGGUGGUGAAAUUUUGUCAUUAUCUAUCAUAGUUCCUGGACCUUCAAUGGAUUACCAUCUUUUUCAUCAUUUGGAGCUUUUUCUAAGAAACAACAUGUUCCCCAACUGAGAAUCAGUAACUAGAGUAUUUGAACAAUAUAUACAUCCUAAGAAAAUGAUGAAUUCUAUAAAAAUGGAGAAAACUAAUGCUAAUGCUUCUGAUACAUAUCUUAAUGGAAUAAAACUUACUUUUAAAAAUAGUGUUUUAAUUUUGACCCACAAAACAGCAAUUUCAUAUGGUACAGGUAAUAGUUUUCUCCUUCUACCCUCAACUAGUUAGAGGUGAGUUCAAAAUAUUUUCAGAGUUGUAUAUCUUCACAAUUUUAGGAGAUGAAAUGAGAUAAACUCUAAUACUAGGUGUUCUUUUGUGUGAAAACUUUACCAAUUGAAGCAGGUCAAAAUGCAUUGUUUUGGGCUGACUUUGGCAUUUUGAUGAUGUUCAGUACAUACCUGAAGAUUCCAUUUUGCUUACUUUGUAGUUUUGUUAAAGAGAGAUAAUUUUCUAAACAUUGAAGGACCUAGUUUUGUUUUUCCUGAAAUUUUCUUGAGUAAUGAUUUUUAAGAAAUGAUAGAGUACAUGCUAUAUCACCACUUCUAGCAUCAGAUCAUGACUUUUUUUGACUGAGUUGAACUAGAUAGAUAUUUUUAAUGGAACCUUCCAAUGCCCUCAGGAUUUAACACUUGAUGUGGCAGUGUGUACUUGAGUUGUGCUCAUUACUAAAUUUUUUUUAAAAUAUUUUUUUUAGUUGUAGAUGGACACAAUACCUUUACUUUAUUUAGGUGCUAGGCUAGUGCUCUACCACUGAGCCCCUCAUUGCUAAAAUUGAGUAUGCAGUUUCUUAAAACCUUCGUUGCUUACACUUUAAGUAGUUACCUGUUUUUGUAAAAAUGAAAUAACCUCUCCCAGGCUAAUCUAAAAUAUUUAUAAGGUAUUUCUUUCAUUAAGUGGUUUUUAAAAAACCAUAUAAACAAAUAAAUUUUUAUUCAAGUGUUUAGGUUUUCAAAACACCUUACUCUAAGAAUCUAAUGGUUCUAAAGGAAAACCUAUGAUUGAUUCUGACAUAAAUCAACCAAACUAUAAUCAUUCCUGAUGAAUAUUUUCAUGUGUUUGAAUUAAUUUUUUACUAAUUCUACAUUUGUCUCUACAACACUCUAAAAUUAUAUAGAUGGUAGGUGCUUUGGGGUAGGAAAAAUGAUGAAUUAUGAGAAUGGCCAGAAAAUUUGUCCAAUUUGUCACAAAAAGUCCAUUAAACAAAUUGAUACUAUUUUCUUAGGAAAAGUGUUGAGCUUCUCUCAACUACAGAAAUAUGCAGUGAUGGAUAUAGGUGGUGGAAUUGUAUCUUUCAAGAUAUUAUCCCUUUCCUUCCCUGAAAAGCCUCAUCUCGUGCACACAUAUACAAGGACACACAACCAAGUAGGAUUAGAAUUUCUCCUACAUUCUCAAGUUUCACUAAAGUUCAAAAUGGCUAAAUAUUAGCAUCUAGGCUCACUCACCAAUGCCAAGUUACUAAUGAAAAGUUUUCAAGCAUCAGUUUCUUUCUUAGGACUUGCUUUGCUCAUUCAUGAUUCCUGGUCAACUUCUUCUAGAUGUUACUGGACACGCUAAUACUGAAACAGCUUAGUUUAUAAUAGAAAAUUAAUUGUUCUUCAGAUAGAGUGCUUAGAAUUAGAUUUGUGAUCAGUGAUUUCCUUUUGAGUAAAAUGCUUUAGAGUACUGCUAUUAUGAUUCUUGUUACCCAAAUUAGAAGGUUAUAUACAUGAAACUGAAGAUUUUCUUGUACUAGUUCUUAGUCUUCAUAGAUAAGCACAAUGUAAAUCAGGUUUUUUGGUAGGUUCCCCCCCCCCCCCUGCCCAGACUCCCAGUUCUGCUUAGUGGCAGAAAAAAACUCUUUAAGAGUAUGGGUCACCAUGAAAUCUGCUGACUUUAAUCAUCCACAUAAAAUCAGUACCAAGAGUUUUCAUCUAACAUGCUUUCAAACUUUUGUGUCUUGAACAAAUUAGAAUGCUAGUAUUUAUUAUCCAGCAUACUAAUUGUAUUUAAUAGUAAGAAAACAUAAGCAAUGAUUUUUUAAAAGGGAGUUAGACAGUAUUUGGAUUUCUUUUGCAAUGUACAGAGUUUUCAUAUGCAUGAGCAUUUGUGCUAUUUUAGACUUUUUUUUUUUUUUAAUUAAAAAAGUUGAAAAGCAUCCAGGCUCCCAAAGUUCAUUUGUAAAUAGUGGCUUGGAACUCUAUAUAAAAUGAUUAGAUUCCUAGGGAAGCUCAUAAAGGUGUAUUUAAACCAUAAUGUAGUUAACUGCUGUUAUACUGAGAUUUCAGUUUUCUUAAGGAAACCAGUCAAUGUAAGAGAAAAAAAACAGAGAUCUUUACUUUUUUCUGUGUUGAGGAAGGUUAAGUUCUGUCCCGUGAGUUGUUUCCCAGUGGCUCUUUUACAGUUUUAAACUCUCUGGUGUAAUGCUGCACAAACAAGCUUGUCUUUCCCCCUCCUGGAUGCUCUGUCUCUCAAAUUUUCCCAUCUUUCCUCUAAUCAGAAAUUAUGUUUGUGUGGUUAUCUGUUGGCUAGAUUUAAGAGAAAAGCAUUUUUCUGCUCAUAUGAGUGAAGAUAAUGGAGAAAGUGACUUAAUUUUUUUAAAAAAAUCUUCAAAAUGAAUCUUUAAUAUUACCAUUUUACACUGUAUGACCACAUUUCAGGCAUCAGGGAAAACAGUAUUUUUAGCAAAUUAACUGGUUUUGUCUUAAGACUAUUUCUAAUUUCUUUAGGUUGUUUUGCCUUUUCACAACUUGCUGUCCUCUAAUUCUGAACUCAAAAGAUUUCCUCAUUUUCAAAUUUGAGAAACUUUCCCUUUCUUUUUCAUUUAUCCAGUAGAGCAGUAUAAAAGUCACAACUGCGUUUUCGAGCUCUUGGUAGAGAGAGGUUUGCAGGCAUCUCUGGAGUGAGCAGGCUAGGGAUAACAAUAACAUCUUCCAAGACAAGUGGUUAAAGGGAAAUGAAGGGAAGAAAAUGGCCAUGUGUGUGCCAGGCAUUAACACAUCACAAACUGCCUGUGCUUAUUAAAAACUUUAAAUGAAAUCCAAUGGAUAAGAUUCAUCUUUGUCAUAUUUUAUCAAUAAUACAUUUACUUGCAAUUAUAUUAAAACUUACUCUAAAUAUUGGUACCUUUCUUAUUCUGUAGAUAAUAUAGAUGAUGUUGCUUGUUAGUUAAAAUGUUAUCUUUUAUAAAAGAAAGUCCUGCUUCUUAUCAUGAUGUAUGUGACUUAAAUGAUUGUUUCAUAUUAAAACUAUUUCUUCCUUAUGUACUGUUUACAUAUACCUCUUUUUGGGAUAUUAGUUCAGUACUUUUAUACAAAUCUGAAUGUGUUCCACAUUGGUGACAUGUAUUUUUGCAGUAAUUUUUGUUUUGUUCUUAGAGCAUGUCUAAAGUAAUACAUGCACUAGUGCUGUGGUCUGUGACAAAAUUACUGUAAUUCAAAUUGGAAAACAAAAUGUUUCCAGACUUUGUCCAACAUUUAUUCCUAUGGCAAAGGAAAUUACUAUGUAAUACUAAUUACUUCUUAUGCUGGUAUGUUUUAAGCUACUCUAUGAAGUAUGUGAAACAUCAAUAUUUAUGGAUUAGUAGAUGGUCUGAUGUCUUUGAAAUGUGAGAGAGGAGUAAAAUUGGUGUUAGCAAUUUAUGAUACUCAUAAAACACUAAAAUUUGUAUAAAAUUUUAAAUUUGAUCUUCUGUAGGUAUGAUUUACCAAGAAAUUAACUGACAGUGCUUAUUAGUAUUCUUUUAGCCCAUACUACUAAAAUUAUACCAUAGACAUUGAACUUAAGCAGAUAUCUCCCAACCAAAAGUAGUAUCAUUCUCUCCACCAUGACCAAAAUAAGUAGUAAUACUAAUCUUCACUUAUUAAGAAGUGAUUAAGAUACCAUAAAACUCCUCUACUUUACUUGGAAUUUGUACUGUUGAUACAAAGACUUGAAUGCAGUUUACUUUGUAUUAUCUGAUGGGAAGACUUGUUAAUAAAAGUCAUAAUCAAGAUUUAAAGAAAAAUGUUUAAUUUUGAAGGCAAAUUAAAAACGUUUUUAAAUUUUAGAGGCAUUUAUUUAAGAAAAUUAGUUUUAAAUCAUUCUUAUUUUGUCAUAAAAACAACCAAAAGAAUUGUAAUAGAUGAUACUUGGCCAGUGCACGUUUGUAUAUUUGAAAUCACAUGCUUGAAAGAAAAAAACCCUGCUCCUGAGUGCUUAAACUGCAUAUCUUUUAAAAGUGUUAAAGAUAUUAGACUUUUAUCAAUUAAACUGUCCUGAAUGAAUGUUUUACUACACCAGUGAGUAUGUUAGAAAAUAAAUGUAUACCUAUAUUAUGUUAAUAACAUUUCUGUACAGCAUCAUAUUUGGCAUGGUGGUUGUGGUAUGUUUUGUACUUUUGAUUGUCAACUUUUGAUAGGAUUAAUAUAGCAAUAAAUCUGA